AUGGUUAACGGGGCGGCGUAUGGGUUCUUUAAAUCCAGCAGGGGUCUCCAACAGGAGGACCCGCUUUCUCCUGCCUUAUUUGUAAUAGGAGCAGAAGUUCUAUCGAGAGGGUUGAACAACCUUGCAUCACAACCGUGCUUCCAGGGGUUUAAGGUGCCCCAGGGCUAUCCUGGGGUAACUCAUUUGGCAUUUCCGGAUGACGUACUAAUUUUAGCUAAUGGGUCUACAGCCUCGUUACACCGUGUUAUGAGGGUAUUGGAUAUGUAUCAGUGCUCUCUGGUCAACUACUCAAUGCUCAAAAGAGUGGCUACUUGGUUCACCCGUCCUUAUCCAGUGCAAGACGUAGGGCUCAUCGCUUUGGGCCGCGUUUAUGCGCGAGAAGUAUUGCCAGGGAGUUCAUCCUUGCCAGGUGGAGCUCAAGCCUUUUGCUUCAGCGACUUGGCGACGGAUGCUGGAUGGUCAUUGGAACGCACAGCUGUUGUCUCAAGUACUCCCACAAGACGUUAUACCUACUAUUUUGGGAAAGCCGAUCCCGACUGA